CAGUCAGGCCAGGGCCCGGCCCAAGGCUGGGAACAUGGACCGUGCUGGGUCACUGCGACCAGGGGGAGAAUCGAGCUGGUGGGGCAGUGCCCCUCAGUACCAGUAUGUCUCCUUUGAGCACUGCACCAGUUAUGGCCUGCCCUCUGAGAACGGGAUCCAUGAGCACAGGCCCCAGGGGAAUGCAGGCCCUCGACCCAACGUUCAUCCUACACAGAUCUAUGGCCACCACACGGAGCAGCCCCUGGACUUCUCUAGCAAGGAAAAGAACAUGGCAAGUUCCAGGCAUAUGACCUCUAGCUCUGCCAUGGACAGCAGUGAGGAAGAUCACCAUUCCAAAUGCCAAGAUUGUGCCCAUCGAAUGGGACAGAUUGUUCGAAGGAAAUUGGGAGAGGACUGGAUCUUCCUGGUGUUGCUGGGACUGGUCAUGGCACUGGUUAGCUGGUGUAUGGACUAUGUCAGUGCCAAGAGUCUGCAGGCCUACAAGUGGACAUACUAUCAGAUGAAGCCCAACAUUGCCCUCCAGUUCCUGGCCUGGGUCACAUUCCCACUCACCCUCAUCCUCUUCAGUGCCCUUUUUUGCCAUCUCAUCUCCCCACAAGCUGUCGGUUCAGGAAUCCCUGAGAUGAAGACCAUUCUUCGUGGGGUUGUUCUAAAGGAAUAUCUCACCCUCAAGGCGUUUGUAGCCAAGGUCAUUGCAUUGACUGCUGGUCUGGGAAGUGGCAUCCCUGUGGGCAAAGAGGGCCCAUUUGUGCACAUUGCCAGUAUCUGUGCUGCUGUCCUCAGCAAGUUCAUGUCUAUGUUCUGUGGUGUGUAUGAGCAGCCAUACUAUUAUGCUGAUAUCCUGACAGUCGGCUGUGCCGUGGGAGUGGGCUGUUGUUUUGGGACACCACUUGGAGGCGUGCUGUUCAGCAUUGAGGUUACUUCUACCUAUUUUGCUGUCCGGAAUUACUGGAGAGGAUUCUUUGCAGCUACAUUCAGUGCCUUUGUCUUCCGUGUCCUGGCAGUGUGGAACAAAGAUGCUGUUACCAUCACAGCCUUGUUUAGAACCAACUUCCGAAUGGAUUUUCCCUUCGACCUGCAAGAGCUUCCUGCCUUUGCCAUCAUUGGGAUCUGCUGUGGGUUCCUGGGUGCUGUGUUUGUCUAUCUGCAUCGACAGGUUAUGCUGGGAGUCCGAAGGCAUAAGGCUCUCAGCCAGUUCCUUGCUAAGCACCGCCUGCUGUACCCAGGGAUUGUCACUUUCAUCAUUGCCUCAUUAACCUUCCCCCCAGGGAUGGGCCAGUUCAUGGCUGGAGAGCUGAUGCCUCGAGAAGCCAUCAGUUCCUUAUUUGACAACCACACAUGGGUGAAACAUGUAGGUGACCCUCAGAGCCUGGGCCGCUCAGCUGUUUGGAUCCACCCCCAGGUCAGCGUCAUCAUAGUCAUCUUCCUCUUCUUUAUCAUGAAGUUCUGGAUGUCCAUUGUGGCCACUACUAUGCCUAUCCCCUGUGGGGGCUUCAUGCCUGUGUUUGUGCUGGGGGCAGCAUUUGGGCGACUAGUGGGAGAAAUUAUGGCCAUGCUAUUCCCUGAUGGGAUCCUAUUUGAUGGGAUUAUCUAUAAGAUUCUUCCUGGGGGCUAUGCAGUAAUUGGGGCAGCAGCACUUACUGGUGCAGUAUCUCACACGGUUUCCACAGCAGUAAUAUGCUUUGAGUUGACUGGCCAGAUUGCCCACAUCCUGCCCAUGAUGGUGGCUGUCAUCCUGGCCAACAUGGUAGCUCAAAGCCUACAGCCUUCACUCUAUGACAGCAUCAUCCAGGUGAAGAAGCUGCCAUAUUUGCCUGAUCUAGGCUGGAACCAAAUCAGCAGCAAAUACACAACCUUUGUUGAGGACAUCAUGGUACGAGAGGUGAAGUUUGUUUCAGCCUCCUGCACUUACCGGGACUUAAGAGCCUUGCUUCAGGCCACUACUGUCAAGACCUUACCAUUGGUAGACUCCACAGAUUCAAUGAUCCUGCUGGGCUCAGUGGAACGAUCAGAACUACAGUCCUUACUUCGGCGUCAUUUGUGCCCUGAGAGGAGAUUGCGGGAAGCCCAAGAGAUGGCUAGGAAGAUGGCAGAACUGCCCUUCAAUGGGCAAGUGAAGCAGGCUGGUCAAGAACUCCCCAGGAACCCUUCGAUACAGGGCCGGCCACAGUCCUUUGCCUUUGUGGAUGAGGAUGAAGAGGAGGAUAUCACGGGGAGGACAGAGUUGCCUUCUCCUCCUCACCCUUUAACUGCUCCUUUGCCCACCGAGGAGCCCAAUGGGCCCUUGCCCCACCAUAAGCUGCAACCCGAAUCCCAGGAUGCUACAGGCCCAAGGUUUCCCUUCCUGCGGUCCCUGCUUCGAUGCUUACUAGGAAAUAACUUCCAUUCCAAGAAGAGGACACUUCAGGAUCCCAUUGACUUAGUGGACAACAUGCCACCUGAGGAGAUCGAGGCUUGGGAACAGGAGCAGCUGAACCAACCUGUCUGUUUUGAUUACUGCUGCAUAGACCCCUCUCCCUUCCAGCUGGUGGAGCGGACAUCUCUGCACAAAACUCACACGUUGUUCUCCCUACUUGGCCUCCAUCUUGCCUAUGUGACCAGCAUGGGGAAACUCCGGGGUGUCUUGGCUUUGGAAGAGCUACAAAAAGCCAUUGAAGGGCACACCAAGUCAGGAGUCCAGCUGCGACCCCCCCUCGCCAGUUUCCGGAAUACCACUACUUCCCGAAAGGACCCAGGGGGGCCACCCCUACCCUCUGAUGGUUGGAGCCUUCCAGAGGACAGCACUGGGGGUGGUGAGAUUGAGGGGAUGGUUCCAGCCUGCCCUGAAACUCCAGAGUCGCCCUCCCCUAUUCCCCCACCCUCCCUGGCCCCAACCUCUACAGAAGGGGAGCUAGAGGAACUGGAGCUAGGGGGAACCUCAGGGCCAGAAGAGGAUCUGGCCGACAUUUUACAAGGCCCCAGCCUUCGAUCCACUGAUGAAGAGGAUGAGGAUGAACUAACCCUUUGAUACCCAAACAACCCAGCAACCUCUUCAUUUGUAACAGACAGAAGCCCCUAAGUCACAGAAGGUCCCUGUGUUCUCUAAUGAAGAUAUAGUAGUCUUAAAGGAGGAAUCAGAACCCAAUCAGGAAAUAAUUAUGAUCAGUGUCCCCGGCACCUUCAUCCACCCCACCUGAAUCCUGGCCAGGUGGUCUGGGUCCCAGGAUCUUCAUAUCUUCCCCCUUCCCACAUAUGUCUAUGCUUCAGUUUCCUUGAGACCAGGCUGAGGAGCCUGGAAUGGUAGAAGUUCUUUCAAGUUCCUUGUUGGAAAAUUAAGGAGAGGGGACACCUUUGGGAUCCUCUCAAUAAACCUGCAAACUG